AUGGUUUCAAAAACCACGCGAGUUGCUACUGCAGCAGCAAGAAAGACGGCUGCAAGCAUGCGUGCGGUCGCGAAAAGUGCCUCUUACGCCUCAGCAGCAGGCGAUUCUUCGCCUGUUGUCGUGAAUCCUCCACGUGGUGAGUCACCGCGUGUGACAGGCACAUCCGUUGCGUCUGCAGCGGGUACCUCGAAUCGUAAUCAAGACGAGUCUGCGAUUAAGCUCAUCUAUUCCGGCGAGUCGGAAGAUGUAUCCGACUCGAAGGCGACAGCUAACGCCUCCGGAUCACCCGGGGCGGACACUGCAAGGGCCAGGAUAACUGGCUUUGGUCAACGCGGCGGUGUCAUGUCCGGGAUCUUCGGAUCGAGUGUUUAUUCUGACGAAUCUUCGCCUCACGCAAGUCCAUCCAACGAUAUGACUCGUGGGGAUGGUGGUGUGCACCUAUACAUCACCACAAGCGAAGUAGUUUGA